AUGUGGGGUCUGCUGCUCGCCCUGGCCGCCUGUGCGCCUGCGGUCGAUUUGGGUCUGGGGGCGACCCAAGCCUCUGUGCUAGGCCUCGCGUCACCCCUGGCCACCCAGGCCCCAGUCUCGACCCCCGCCCCAAGUAGCAGCCCGGCACAACUGCCCACGGAGAAGACGAACGGGACUUCAGAACAGCAUGUCCGGAUUCGGGUCAUUAAGAAGAAAAAAAUCAUCGUAAAGAAACGCAAGAAGCUGACUCGCUCCAGACCCCUGGGGACAGCCAGUCCUUCACUGACCACCAGCCCCGCGGGAACCCUCGACCCUCCCAAGCAACAAAAACCAGACUGUCCCCCUCUCGGCCUGGAGUCCCUGCGAGUUUCAGAUGGCCAGUUUGAAGCAUCCAGCAGCCAGUCCUUCGGUCUUGGACCACACCGGGGACGGCUCAACAUCCAGUCAGGCCUGGAGGACGGAGACCUGUACGAUGGGGCCUGGUGUGCCGAGCAGCAGGACACUGAGCCCUGGUUUCAGGUGGAUGCCAGGCACCCUACCCGCUUCUCAGGCAUUAUCACACAGGGCAGGAACUCCAUCUGGAGGUAUGACUGGGUCACAUCAUUUAAGGUCCAGUUCAGCAAUGACAGUCGCAUCUGGUGGGGGAGCAGGAACCUCAGCAGUGGGAUGGAUGCAGUAUUUCCUGCCAAUUCAGACCCAGAGACACCAGUGCUGAAUCUCCUGCCAGAGCCCCAGGUGGCCCGCUUCAUUCGCCUGCUACCCCAGACCUGGCUCCAGGGGGGUGCCCCUUGCCUUCGGGCAGAGAUCCUGGCCUGCCCCAUCUCAGAUCCUAACGGCCUCUUCCCUGAGCCCCCUGUGCUGGCAUCCUCUGACCCUCUGGACUUCCGGCAUCACGACUACAAGGCCAUGAGGAAGCUGAUGAAGCAGGUGAACGAGCAGUGCCCCAACAUCACCCGCAUCUACAGCAUUGGGAAGAGCUACCAGGGCCUGAAGCUGUAUGUGAUGGAAAUGUCAGACCAGCCUGGGCAACACGAGCUGGGGGAGCCCGAGGUACGCUACGUGGCCGGCAUGCAUGGGAACGAGGCCCUGGGCCGGGAGCUGCUCCUGCUCCUCAUGCAGUUCCUGUGCCUUGAGUUCCUGCGCGGGGACCCCCGGGUGACCCGGCUGCUCACCGAAACACGCAUUCACCUGCUGCCCUCCAUGAACCCUGACGGCUAUGAGACGGCCUUCCGCCGGGGCUCAGAGCUGGUGGGCUGGGCAGAGGGCCGCUGGACCCAGCAGUUCAUUGACCUUAACCACAACUUUGCUGACCUCAACACACAACUGUGGGAAGCGGAGGACGAUGGGCUGGUGCCCGACACUGUCCCCAACCAUCACCUGCCGCUGCCUACUUACUAUACCCUGCCCAAUGCCACUGUGGCUCCAGAAACUCGGGCUGUGAUCGAGUGGAUGGAGCGGAUCCCCUUUGUGCUGAGCGCCAACCUCCACGGGGGCGAGCUGGUGGUGUCCUACCCCUUCGACAUGACUCGGACCCCGUGGGCUGCCUGCGAGCUCACUCCCACCCCAGACGAUGCUGUGUUUCGCUGGCUCAGCACCGUGUAUGCUGGCACGAACCGGGCCAUGCAGGAGCCGGACCGCCGGCCCUGCCACAAUGAAGACUUCUCCUUGCGGGGCAAUAUCAUCAACGGGGCCGACUGGCAUACAGUCCCCGGGAGCAUGAAUGACUUCAGCUACCUACACACCAACUGCUUUGAGGUCACUGUGGAGCUGUCCUGUGACAAGUUCCCACAUGAGAGUGAGCUGCCCCAGGAGUGGGAGAACAAUAAAGAAGCCCUCCUUACCUACCUGGAGCAGGUGCGCAUGGGCAUCACGGGGGUCGUUCGCGACAAGGACACAGAGCUGGGGAUUGCAGAUGCUGUCAUUGCCGUGGAGGGGAUCAACCACGACAUAACUACGGCCUGGGGCGGGGAUUACUGGCGCCUGCUGACCCCAGGGGACUAUGUGGUGACCGCCAGCGCCGAGGGCUACCACCCAGCAACACGGAACUGUCGGGUCACCUUCGAAGAGGGUCCCGUGCCCUGUAAUUUCCACCUCACCAAGACUCCCAAACAGAGACUCCGAGAGCUCUUGGCAGCGGGGGCAAAGCUGCCUCCAGACCUGAGGAGGCGCCUGGAGCGACUGAGAGGACAGAAGAAUUCACAGUCCAGCUGAAGAGCCCCAAGGGCACGGGCAGGCUGGACCUGUCCGGAACUGAAGCGGGAGGAUCUGGGAGGGCGGGCGAGUGGGGAAGGGGUUCCUCGGGCUCAUUAAAGCGGCCUGGCACCUCAGC